GUAACAAAAGCGACAUGAGUCAGAAGCUUCUUCCAAUAUCUCCACUUCAACUGCUCUUUCUGCAGUGCCUUCUUAUCGGCUUUACUGCCGCCUACCCCUACCUGAUCUUUCCUGCUUCACCGUCCUCCGGUGACUCUCGACGUCUUGUAAAGCGGGCAUUUGAUCGUUUCGACAACUCUGGUGUCUUCUCAUUUGGAGCCAAACGAUUCGAUCGUUAUGAUGAUGAGACAGCGUACGGAUAUGGAUUCGAUAAUCAUAUAUUCAAAAGAUCAGCUGAUCCAUACCGUUUCAUGUCAGUUCCGACAAAAAAGGCAUUUGAUAGAAUGGAUAACAGUGAUUUCUUUGGUGCAAAGAGGAAACGAUCAUUCGAUAGAAUGGGAGGAACUGAAUUCGGGUUGAUGAAACGAAGUGCUCCAGAGAGUAGAGAACAAUUAAUCAACAAUCUCGCUGAAUCAAUCAUUACUCUUCGACGAGCCCGCGAAGCCGAAUCAUCACCUGAAAGUCAACGAACAAUCAUCACCUAUGACGAUUGAACUUCUUGAACAACUGGCAUCUCUUAACUUAACAAGUACUAGAUCUCUUAUAGAACAAUGGAUCUCUCUGACUAUUUCUUUCUCUCUCCACUUCCAACAAAUUUUCUCUCAAUCUCUGCAAUUUGAACUAAUUGUCAUAUCCCCCAUCUCACCCCAGCCCCCAAAUUUCUGAUCCGCCUCUGUCUCUGUUUAUGGAUACAAUUUGUGAGAGGUGUUUUUUGCAAACUACAAGCAAUUACAAACAAACCUCCAUUUGAUUCUCGAUUUGCGUUGGAUUUACGUUUGUGAAUAAAAUCUGACAUUUUGAAA